GAUUGCUGCUUGAAAAAGCCGGCUUGUGAACCUGCUUGCAAGAAACAGACGGACUGACAGCAGUACACGCACAGGUCAACGCGAACAAAGGACUACAGCCAUAAGAAAAACGUUUUUAUAAGCAACAGAUUCCGAAUAUUCAUCUAAAACGAUGAAAAUGCAGACUUCCAACAGCCAAUAUGACUCCUUCCUCUUCUGGAGGCAGCCAAUCCCUGAGCUGGAUUUGAGUGAGUUGGAGGACCUAGGCCCGGCUAAGAUGGUGCCCAUCCAGAAGAACCAGAAGAACCAGACGAAGAAGCAGAAGUCAUCCCAGAAGCGUGAGGAACAAGUGGAUCAGGGGUUAUCACAGUACACCAGCUUCAACUACUGGAGAGAGCCUAUUGCCAGUAUUGACACCCUAGACUUCAAUUUGCUUUUGUGAGGUUAUACAGCCAGUAGGCCUACCUGUGUUUAACCAUGGUCAGGAUCAGUUCUGCUCUGAAUAAACCAGUUCAGAACAUUUGGAAAUUACGUCAAAAAUCUAACCCUUAUAUGUUUUUUAGAAGGCUUUUUAUUCCAAUUAGAUUAUCUGAGGUUGAAUUGACUCACAUGUUGAACCUAAUAUCUCACACUGCUGUUCAUGUUUAAAAUGAUCUUGUGGUUGAUCACCCUUCUAACACACUUACAUCCUCCUACCAACUCCCUGCCCUAAGAGUGAGUCUAGCAAUGCAUAUAUAUAAUUGGAAGUAAUACUAAAUGUAUUCAAGGUUCAUUUAUGAUGGUUCUCUAUCAGUGCUCACUCUUCACAUAAUCAUUAUCGAUAUAGUUGAGGGGGAGGGAUGAGAGGAGGGGCCGGGAUAGAUGAUGCAGAAGUAUGGCAUCUCUUGUACUGAGGCAUAAUAUGAAUAUGAAGAAAGGGAAUCGAGACUGUAGAUUACCUAUGCGUGUGUUAAGUUAUGUCAAAUCGGCCUGGAAUUCUAACACACAUGAAAAGGUUAUGAUGGAUGGUGCUUGCCUUCAACCAGAUACAAAUGAAGAGUUCAGAUGCAAAAGCCUCUAAAUCCACUUUUUGUCAAAAAUGAGAUAAUGAUGGUGAGUGAAUGCUCUUCACAUAUAGUGUAAGUUACUUCAAUAAUUUAGCUUCAAACCUCACUAAAUACCAUUCUCUUCCUAGUCUGAAAUAUUGAUUUGUAGGCGAAACCCUAUAGAAGCCUGAUACAAAAUGCUCAUUUAAAAGAAAAGUGGUCAGACGGAUUUAGAGGCUUUUGCAUCUGAACCCUUCAAAUAUUGUUGGAUGUUUUGAUGUUUUAUAGCGUGCAAUGGAGAAACAUGAUCUAUAUCAGUUGCCUUUUGUUCAUUUGAGAUUUCUUUUUUCCUGAGUAUUUAUGCUGCUUUCAGUCUGUUUUGAGCAGGCCUCAGAAGAGUAAGACUAUAAAAGCCUACCAUGAUUGUAUUUUUCUUUAUGUAUUUUUCAUUUGUCUGGUUAUUUGUUUAAAAUGAAGGCUGAGUGGAUUGAGACAAUUUCGCUGUUGGAUUCCAUCCAUAUUUGACUGCAAAUUGUAUUGUUGAUGAAUGUCCGUGGUGAGACGACGUAAAGGGAUGGGUAAUGUGGGCUUAUAUAGGGUGCCUGAUGAAAUGUGACAGCAAAGUUAGCCAAUGUAUCACUACACAUUUAGUUGUGCAUUGUGUCCAUGAUACUCCUCUGACCUUUUUAUUAGGUUUAACUGUGAAAACAAAACUGAAGCGUCAAGGUAAUGUCAGUCAUAAAAAUGCAUUUGAAAACAUUCUCCAUGAAUAAACAUAUUAAUUGCA